AGAAGCUGGGGCACCAGCGGCCCCGUCCACGUCUCCUUUGGCGGCCAGGCCGGCUGGUAUACGCCCUUCAACAAGGCGUGGCCCAAGGCCUUUGAGGUCCUGAAUCAACCGAGUAUCGGCGACCCCCUUUCGGGCGAGUCCUCGGGCCCGUUCCAGAAUCCCGGCACGAUCCAUGGGCAGACCCGCCAGCGAAGCCACGCCGGCGUCGCAUAUUACAACGACGAGGUGGCCAAGCGCCCGAACCUCCGGGUAGUCACGGAGGUGAUGGUGGAGAAGGUCUUGUUCGAGAAGGGGGACGACAGCAGCAUCACGGCCACCGGCGUGCUAGCCACCACCGCGGACGGGAUCAAGCGGACCAUCCCAGCCGCACGAGAAGUCAUCCUGGCCGCGGGGGCCCUGAACACGCCCAAGAUCCUGGAGCUCUCCGGGAUCGGGGAUGCGCGGCUCCUGCAGCCCUUGGGCAUCGACGUGCUCGUCAACAACCCGAACGUGGGCGAGAACUUCCAGGACCACGGCUUUGUUGCCUUCUCCUGGGAGGUGGCCGGUCCGCAGUCCUCGAGCGACUGCGUUCGAGAGCCCGACGUGCGGGAUGCGCUGAUGCAGCUGUAUCAGAACGGCGGCGCUGGCCCGUUGGGAGUGCAGAGUCUCGCAUCGUCGUUCUUGCCUGUGCCGGACGUUGGAGAACUCGAUGCCCUCUUGCACCGGUACCUCGACGACGACGAGAAGAGUUACAACAAGCAGUUUCCGGCCAAGCAACGACAGUACGAGCUCCUUCGGGAGCUGCUGCUCAAGCCAGGAGAGCCCUCGAGUCAGACGACCUUCGCGCCCUUCCAGAUCAGCCCCCAGCGCGGCCCCAGUCUGAAGAAGAUCUUCGGCAUGCAGGAACCAGGCGAAUACGUCUCGAUUGCCACCGCCCUCAACUACCCCUUCUCCCGCGGAUCCGUCCACAUCCAGUCUGCCGACCCUCAGCAGAAGCCAGGGCUCGAUCUGGGCCUCCUGUCGCACCCGUUAGACCUCGAGCUGCACGCGAGACAAGUCCUCUGGGCGGAGAAAAUUGCGCAAACGGGCCCCUUCGCGGUUCUUCUCAAGAAGGACGGCAGGCGCCUGCAUCUGCCGACGAGCACGAGCACGAGCACGAGCACGAGCACGCCGAUCGACCUGGAGACAGCCAAGAAGCUCACGACAGAACGCAUCCUGCCUCACUACCAUGCCAGCGGGACCUGCGCGAUGAUGCCGCGGGAGUUGGGCGGGGUGGUCGACGACCGGCUGACUGUGUACGGGACGACCAACGUGCGGGUUGUCGACGCGAGUGUCUUCCCCCUGAUCCCGAGGGGGAAUAUCCAGACGGACGUUUAUGCGGUGGCGGAGGGGGCGGCGGAUAUCAUAGCACAACAGUAA